AGGAUUUCUUCUAGUGUAACGGAGUUUAACAGACUGUCACAUAGCUGUAAGGAUUUGGCCUAGUGUAACGGAGUUAUGCAAUGCGUUUCUGAUUAUAUAAAACAAUCCCAAAUGAAAACUCUAUAGUGUUGGAGGAGUCACGAAGGAAGGUUUAUAUUAAAACCUUAUGUAACGGAGUUUGACAGGCGGUCACAAUCCUACCAACACUGUGAAAUUUUGGAAGAAUCGCCCAUGGAUGUUUACAUUUCCUUUUAAUAAUCAAGUGUAUGUGUUUCCAACAUUUUCCUGGCAUUGAACUUUAAGAAAUGUCACCCUAACCAUGUACUUAGUGACAACAGUCGUGUGUAUGUCAUCAAGUGAAACACCGAUAACCUCUUACUGUAUUGUAAACACAUACGUGUAUGUAGCCGGAAGUUGUCAUCGCACGUUUGUCGCUUGUCCUUUCAAUCCCUACGCAUACUUUUAAAGUGAAUACCAUAAGUAACGAUUGACGCUGGUCGUAAGAACCAUCCGCAAUGACAACAAUACCAGGAAGACAUGUGUUAUUUCGUUACGUCAACUCUAACCAAGAGACAUUUGGCAGUGUUACCCAAAACUGAUCGUAGACCUAACGUGAGACCGAGGUGCUAUCCAAUUAACGAUCAAAACCUACACAAAAUAUAGUAUUGUCAUAACAGUAUAAACUUGACCAAAGAAAGGCCAGGCAAUCCGGUUCCUUCGUAUAUUCAUAAAGGCAAAAUAGCAGUGUCUUUGUGAUCAUUUUUACGUUCGGUAGUAACGUGCGAAAAUCUACCAUCGAAUUUUCUUAUGGGAAUAAAUAUAAAGAAUCAGUGUUAUUCCAUUAAAUAAUGACAAAUUUUGGGAAACCAUUUAUUGGAAAGGCAUUCACACACUUAACGGUUACCGGUACGUGUUGGCAAUGUACAUGUGAAAGUCGUUGGGUCGGAGUAUUCUACUGUGUGCUAUGAUCACUUUAGACUUUGCCCGUUAAAGAGCACCUAAUGCGAUGGUAUUAUAUUAUGCCUGGAAAUAUAAUACAUGGAGAUAUUAUGUGAUUAUGCGUUAUGUUGGGAGAAAAAUGAUCAAAUAGCGAUGCUACAUUAGGAAGCUACUUUGAAAUAUAUGUCUUACUUCUGAGUCAGCAUGCUGUAUUUUCUCAUUUUGGAAACCUAAUUACUUAGAAAUGUUACAAUCUGUGACAAAGAGGGAUUAUAAAAACUAGUCAUGCCAUACACGAACUGUAAUCUGACAGAGAGUGCGGACUGCGAACGAGAUGUCAAUGUAGGUAUCUCCGUGAUGGCUCUGUGUCUAGGAGUCAUUUUAGCCCUGUCGGUCGCAGCCAACGGGAUGGUAUGCUUCGUCUUUUACCGGAAGUCCAAUCUCUUAAGCAUCUCGAACAGCUUCGUUCUGAACCUGUCCUGCUCGGAGCUGGCGCUGUCCGUUUUGGUAUUGCCGUUCACCUUGACCUCCGUCUUCUCCUCGUCAGGUUGGAUAUUCAACGACAUUUGGUGCAAAAUUCAAGGAUUCAUCUUUAGUGUGUGUGUGUUCUCCAUACAGUUUUCCUUGAUGGUUAUCUCCCUUGACAGGAAUUAUGCCAUUAUAAACUCGCUUCGUUAUGUGAAUGUCUUUACACAGAAACUUGCUAAUAUACUGAUAGCCAUGUGCUGGUUGUUGAGUGUAGUGUUAGCGUCUCUGCCGUUGUUAAACUGGGGUUCGUAUGACUACAUACCAAACCAAUACACGUGUGCAAUAAACUGGGAGGUGUCUAGUGAGUUUCUCACCACAGUGUGUAUAUUAGUAUUCCUUCUCCCUCUCCUUGUCCAGGCAAUCUGCUAUCUGAGCAUUUUCAAAGCGGCGAUCAGCCACACAAAACGGUCGAGUCGAGUGUAUCCUUCAAUGCAAACGAGUUCUAUUAGAGGACUUACAAGUUCGGUCCAAGAUCCGCCGAGUGAUUCAUCGGAUAUUAGUGACGUUUCACAAAACGUUCAGGUGAAAUAUCAAAAUAUGGAGUGCAAGGCAGUGCGAACGAUCCUGCUGAUUGCUUUUACAUAUGCUAUUUGUUGGGUUCCAUAUAUGACGGUGUCGUUUUUAAGGCUCAGAUCAGUCACCAUAGUGUCCUACAGCGAUUCGCUCGCUGUCUGUUUUCUCUUCCUGACUGGGGUAAUCAACCCUGUUAUAUAUGUAUUCAUGAAUAGGGUAAUGCGAUUCGAGAUAAAUAAGUUUUUCUGUGGACCUAGUGGGAGAGAUUCGAGAAAAUCAAGCUCUGGCGAUGACAACGAUGACUUCUAUUCAACGACGACGAUGAGUGUAUCGAUACCAAAGACAACGACGACAUCGUCCUCUUCGAACAGUUGUCAAACUAGGUCAGGCGGAAAGAGCAGGAGGAUAGAAAUGAAAACUAUAAAAGAAGAGGAGGUAGAACUAGAAAAUGUUUUCAAACCCGGUCAAUUCCCUAAAAAGGCGGAAAACCCGUCGGAAGAAAUUGUAAAGGUUUCCGUGGAUAAAGAGGAACAAAAACCAGAAUUAUUUCUGAACCCUACUGAUUUAUAUCUUCAGAGAAAACGGAUACGAACAAAGCGUGAGCGGAUGAUGUCUAUACGCGAGGAGGCGUCAAUACCUAUCCAGGAGACACUCGAAUCUCCUGAAUGGCAGUACUUAGAGGACUUGGACCUGGCAUGGAAUCCUGCCAUCUCGAAAGAUUCACAGAUUCAGUACAGACGUCGUCGAUCGCGAAUAAAUUCCUUAGGGGCCAGGAAAGACGAAACAUUUUCUAGGAAAAAUCGAGAUAGUGGAUCAUUCCUGUAUUUUGAACAUUUUAGUCCAAGCAAGGGACAACAUGGACAGAAUCGCCGAUCAGGGCGCGGCCUAUCGGUCGAUGAAGCAUUAUUUAGGUUCGACAAUUUUCCUCGGAGUAAACAAAACAGACAUCACAGCCUCUAUGAGGGUAUGCAAACUUCGAUAACUGUACCAAUGCCAGAUUUAGAAUCCUGUCGUCCACACGUUUCUGAUCACGCACAAAACGGUAAUGCCGGUUCUUCGGUCGAGUUAGGUCGAGAAUGCAAUACUGGUUCAGAUCCUGAACUCAACCGGAAGACACCGUCAACAUCAAAUCACGUGACACAGACAUCAAUCAAAGAUGGUAACUCAACGCAUCUUAUACAUGUGUCUCCACAACCAAAGCGAAAUUGUUUGUCUGCUUAAACCUAUUAACUUGUCAUUUUCUAUCAAACAAUAAAAGUAUCGGAUUUUUUAAUGAAACAGGCAGCCACUUGUUUUUAAUCAAGUGUUUAUUUUGGGUAACCAAUGUAAUUUGAAAUCACAGUCUUAAGGUAAAUGUCAUGUAGAGUAGAAGUCUGGGGUGUAUUACCUACUAGUUUAAGGUAAUCCUUCUCCAGAUAUACAUUAAACGUACAAAUGUGUCUCGUUUUUAUGAUGCAUUUAAGAUAAUGAAUUUACCACUGCAAGUUUUAUUUUUACCUCCAAAUGGUAUGUCUCCCUGCCUAAAAAAUAAAAUAGUGAUACAAAAUUAAAUUUCGUUAUAUUUACUGGACAGCGCCUUCAUUAACGAGGUCAACUUUUUGUGUUCUUUUGUUCUUAACAAAAAUCAACAGUGUUUUCAUUUCCCUCAGCAUUGUAGAGACAUAUAAGUCUAUUUAUUUUUCAGAAGAACAGCCAACUUAUGAGGUUCAAUUUUCGCGCGUUUGUGCAGUUUCUUUAUUCGUGAAGCCAUAUACAUUAUUCGGCCUCCGUUUCUCUGCUCAAUCACUUUAAUAAAUCUUAAAUAAAUUCCGAUGUUUUGGAUGGACUAUGGAAAUUAAAAACCG